AAAACGCAUCAAUUUGCAAAAAAAAAUCUAUUAAAUCAAAUCAACAGAAUUGGAAAUAAAAACAUGUCCCGAAAACUUCCAACAACAACUUUACCAAGGACAUCGAGGGAAAGUAGACGAAAUUCGCGGACUUCAGAUUCACCGCAUGCAUUUACUAACAGUAAAACGAAGAGUAGAAUAUCUAAUGAUGUAACGCUGCAGAAAGAAAGAAAUUCGAGAAAAGCUUCGGCUGUUAAUGCAACUGAAACCCAGAACGAAAUGCAGUCAACACAAAGGGAAGUGCAUGAAAAUGCCCAAAAGGAGAAGGAUGAACGUAGAGAGAGCGAGAAAAAGAAAUGUUUCGAUGAUUGGCGAGAAUUCUAUCUGCAGCUAUUUGGCAGUGUCAAACGCAAGUCUGACCUAGUGAUAGCCUUCACCCAUUAUAUACUCAUGAAGAAUGGCUUCCGUUGUUUGGGGCUUGGCGAUGAUCGUACAUAUUCCGAAAAUGAAACGGGUGAUAUUUAUAUGCCAGAGGGUUGGAAUCAUUUUCCCAAAUAUGCUAUACGUUAUAUUUACAAUCGGAUGCUGCACAUACUCGUAGCUGUUGAAAUGGAACAUCGCUUGCUAAUCAAUUUUCUCAAUACACGCACCAAUAUCGUGACGAAUAUAACCAUUUUCCCUGAUAUGACAGUGCGAUCGACUUGUGGUGGCGACAUACAUAUAUUAAUACCAUAUCCCGAGAAAUUGGCGCAGACUCUCUAUUGCAAUUUGAUACAAACGUUCACUGACACGCGAGCUUGCGAUCGACCACCAAAAAUAAUGUCACGCACCAAACAGCAUAGUAAUCCUUGGGAUGGGUUGACAGAGCGGCGUACGACAGAUGUAUACUCCAUCUUAGAAGAAGAUAAUGUGACCGAAGUCGAUAGAAGUCAGGAUAUUCAAACAUUUGGUAACGAAAACACACGUUUUGAUGAGAGCAACACCCCAGGGACAAGGCGUGCCAGUUGGGCAGACAUGAAACCACAAACAGCAAAUGCCGAAAUAAUGAAACCACUGAAAUCCAGACUCGAUGAAACUGCCGAACCAGUAAAGGAGGCAAUCGUCAGCUACGUAGAAGCCAUGGUCAACAAUUGGUUUCGUCUCUAUGGCACGGAAAUUAUGAAAAGUGGCAAGACGGCUAUAAAAGACUUGGCCGAACAACGUAUUAUGAUUGAGAGAUAUAUGAAUUUUGUCAAGCCAGUAUCGGAGCCCAAGAAAGGCUUUGUCAUUUACAAUUCCAGGGUUACAUUAGAUGACAGUAAACAUGCGGUUUUUGGUGAAUCCGCCAAGAGGGAAACCAAGGGCUUACAAAACGGCUCGGAUGCGCGCACCGAGUUAGCUAAGUCUUUAACCGAAACCGCGCAGCCAACAAGUAAGAUGGUUUCAAAGCCCGGUACGGAUGUUGAUUUCAGAUGUCAUGGCGGUGUGGAGGCAAAUAAAGCGGAAGAUAAAAAUAAGUUGAAAAUAAAUCGUAAUAACUAUCAACACGUACGACCAAAAGUCUCUAGCGGUAUACGAAAGGAAAGGAUUACUCAAAAACCGGUAGUUCAGAGUGGGAAAAAAUCAGCGGAGAGUGUUGCACCUGCCAGUCAAAUAAAUACCAAUUUUAAAGAUAAGCACAUUCAAUCAAAAGUCUUCACUGGUAAAGAGGCUUCGAAACCAGUGCUUAAAAAGAAAAAAUCGAAGCCAAAAUUAAUUUCGAGUUCCUUCGGAGAGCUGUUGCUGGAGAAGGAGAUUAAAAAGGCUUAUGAAAUAUCAAAGCUGAAUACAGACAACCGAAUUCCUUCAUCAAGCCGCAAGAAAUGGGGUUCGAGCACAAAUUCAACUACACAAAAUUCGUCUACCAACAACGAAGGAAAAUCGAAGCACAAGCGCAGCAAGCUCAAAACCAACACGCCUUCAUCAAAGAGCCCAAAGCAUAAUGCAAGCAAACAAAGCGGAAAAAGCUCAAUAGAUGUCGCAGAAUCGAGUCCACUGAAGAAAAUCCGUUUUAGUCUACCUACAAAUCUUAACACUAAUUGGCCGAGCAUUUACAAGAACUUGGAAACACUUCUGAAAACAUCCUUUCCAUUCCGUGAGCAAGCACGAGAGGGCGGUGGCGGUGCUGUUUUAGAAUCUAAAGAAAAUUUAAAUAAUAAUACUGUUUUCAAAAAUAAUUUAACCAAAAUAGUGCUUAACAAAGAUCUAGACUUCUCUAUAGAGCAACCGCUACAAAAACCAAAUAAAACACAAAAUAUUUUUGAUUUAGACAAGAGUCCAAAAGACACGAACUCUAGCAGCAGCCUGCUGCAGACGAUAGAAGAACAUUUCGCGAAACAAAUUGAGGCCAAACGUUUGGAGCUGCUCGAACAGGUGAGAAGAAGAAAAUUGCACGGCAUUAUGGAGACGCAAGAAGAGAUAGAGGUGAAGAAUAAAUUCUCGAUUAUCGAAGAUGAAUCAAAAGAGAAGGAUGUGGGCUAUUUUGUGCAACCGGCCGAUGAAUGGUCACAAUGGGAAUUUAAAAAACGACUCAGAGAAAUUCAAGAAAGAGAUCUAAUGACUACACUCAAUAAUAAAACGCCAAAUUAUGUCGAAUGAUGGAAAAAUGUAAAUUAUCAAAAUGAAUAAAAUUUGUGGAAUGAACUAAUAAAA